CGUCAACGUGCUUCCGUAAAAUGGCUUCUUUCAAAAGCUUUCAACAAUCAGACUCCAGAUAACCUCAAAGAACCUUUCUAUAGAGAUCAUGAAAAUCAAGAACGACUUAAGCCACAAAUCAUUGUUGAGCUUGGCAAUGCUACCCUGUAUUGUCAAGCGUUGUCUAAUUUGUAUUCAGAUCCAAAUUACCAAAGCUUAAACCAUUGGUCGAUUUUGCAAACUUUGUCACGGAAAGGAGUUCCAGUGGCAGAAUCUCCAGAUAUGCCAAUAACAGAAACAGUUCUGAUACAAACAAAUCCAUUAAAAAUUAAUGCCCAUAUGUCUGUGAUAGAAGCACUUAUGAUUUUAUAUGUGAAAGAAUGCACAUCCGGAGAAAGAAUAUUAAAUGCAAUUCGAAGAGUAUCUGGUAGCAAUCCAAAUAUACAGGAACAAACAUUUGAAAAAUCUUUGCUAUUAUGGAUUUCGCAUGUUUGUGCAGCACUGAAAAAACGCAUAGAUAAGGAAAUAGAAGGUGGUGCAGUCGACGAAAAUGGAGUUCGUUUGCAGUCACCAAAUAUUCCGCCAGUGCAAAAUUUUCAAGACCUUUGUAAUGGCAUUUGUUUGGCACUACUAAUUUCCUAUUAUUGUCCCAAAGUAGUUCCGUGGACUUGUGUACGUAUUAAUCAUUUGCCAGCUGUAGAGGAUUCGAUAUAUAAUGUAUUGAUAGUCAGUAAUUUUUCUCAAACCCAUUUGCCAUAUACAGUUUUUCAUAUGAAACCAGAAGAUAUCACUUAUAUGAGAGGUUCAAUGAAAACAAAUCUUUUAGUAUUGUUAGCAGAUCUUUUUAAUUUGUUUGAAAUUCAUCCAGCAAAGUGCGUUUGCUAUCCCAGCAUGGAUUCUCCUGAAAUUAUCGCAAAACGAAAUGUUGGAGUAAAUGAGCAUGGAAUUUGUCAUCGUCGGGGUCUUACAAUGCAAGCAGUUAAACCAAUUCCAGAUUUACGAAGUGAUUUAGACAUCUUUUCCAGCUCGCCAACGAAUCGACCCCCGUUUCAAGUUACUCGUCUUACUUCGGAUAAUAAUAAUUUCACAAAUAGGGUUAUAUCAAGAACUGAUUUUCGUAUGACUGAUAUAGCAACAAAUAAUUUAGACAAGAAUCAGAGUGAAGCCUUUGUCGUGCACAAAUCUCGUGGCAUUACAACACUUUCAUCAUUGCACUCGCAACACAUGCAAGAGGAACCAUUAGUUCCUGCACGCUUGCGUCCAAAUAAAGAAAAAACAAACAUGGAAACAAAAGCCGAUGAAAUAGGCGAUUAUGUACCAGCUGGAAGACCCAGUAAUUGGGAACAAAACCGACGGCCCAGUUAUGCAGGACGACGUUCGCGCAGAAAUUCUUCAAGUGAAGAUUCUCAACUAACAAUUGAAAAUUUUGGUGGUUCCCAAGACCAACUUAAUAUGGCUGGACGUUAUGAUCGUGAAAGGGACAGAGAAAGGAAAUUAUCUAAUGCCAGUGUUGAACCUGCUGUAGCUGUGCGCUCCUCUAUAGCGGAUGCACGAGGAACUCUGCAAAUAGGCUAUGACACUGAUUCAGGCUCUGAAAAGCAAGAUCGUGAAACAGAAAAAUACUCGAUGAGACGCCAAGGAAGUGUUGACAACGUUACACUAUCAAUGGCAAAUAUGCAAUUAAAUAAUACAUCACAAACUGAAGGUGCUUUACAGGAGCCACAAAAGCAUUCCAUAUACAAAGACUUCGGAGAAAAACUGAGUAAAUUUGAUGAUACAGUACAAAAGCCUUCCUAUAACGAUAUGCCUGGAAAGACAAAUUUAUGGCAGUCUAAUCAUAAUGAUCCAGAAGAGGAAGAUAUGCGAUCAUUAGAGAAUGCUUCAAAACUUUCUAAUAUUCGUGUUAAACUGGAAGAAAAACGUAGACGUAUUGAGCAAGAGAAACGAAAAAUUGAGUUGGCACUGCAACGUCAUCAAGAAAAAGAUGAUUUAGAAUCCAAUACAGAUUUAUUAAAAUGGGAAACUUUAAGUAAUGAAUCAAAAUGUACGCCAGAUAGAGAUCCAGUAGAUAUGGAAAAAUAUCAGCAAAGCAUCGCUAUUAUGAAUAUGAAUCUACAUGAUAUCCAACAAGAUAUCCAAAGACUUGCUACUCAGCAGAAUCAAAUUCAUGCGCAGCAUCUGCAUGCUCAGCAGUUGAUACAUGCUCAACAUAUUGCAAAUAUGUUAAAUCAGCAGCAAAACUAUGGUUCUCAGCAGCACCUCGCAGAUCCAUUCCAACAUCGAUCCAUGCAACAACAACAGAAUUUUGGUUCGACACCACAUUUACCACAGGUAUAUAAUCCUUCCGUAAGCAACUAUAGCUCUCGACCACCAAGUCGUGAUCCAUAUCAACAAAUGCCACCUAUGCCAGUGCAAUAUAUAAAUGAGCAUGGUCAAUAUAUGUCACCAAAGCAACAACCGCAUAUGUUACAGCAACAACAUUACAUGCAGCCGCAAACAAUUUACAGUGAUAAUGCUAUGCAAUAUAAUAAUCAGCAUUUUGGUGGUUCACAAUAUGCACCAAUGCCAACACAAUACAUCAAUCGCACAGUUGGUCAUGACGAUUACGCUCAAAUGCACAAUCGUGAACAAAAAAUGCAUCCUAAUAAUAUGUAUAUGCACGAUACAUCAAUUCAUCCGCCACCUACACAACGUCGUACUUGGGCACAUCCAUCUUAUGAACAACAUCAACAACCAAUGGUUGAUGUUUCCGCAUGGAAUAUGCAAAAGGAUGCUGUAGUAAAUGAUGGUUAUUCAACAUGGGGUAAACAAACGUCCUUAAAUUUAAACAAUCAGCCAAAUUACUCAAUGCAUCAAAAUGGUAAUAGUUGUAAUGACUAUCAAGUGUUUCCAGUGCAUUCUUCUCCACAACAUUCGCAGCACAGUUCGAACAAUAGUGUGCAACGUCAGCUAUCGGUAACAAGUAUGCGUGACAAUAGACCUACAAAUAUGAUGCCCAAAACUGUUUACGAUUUGGAAAGCGAAAGUAAUGAUGACAUAAUGGCGCCACAAAGUAUCUGCUUUAUAGGAGAUGAAGAAGAUGUGGAGGAAAUAGAACGUAAUAUAAUUGAAUCAAUGCAAGGAACACGCUUAUCUGAUUAUGCCAGUCAACAGCAUGAUAUACUCAGUGGUCGUGGUAGUAGUUCAGAAAACUAUGACAGUAAUGAAAUGAUUCCGCAAAAAAUGAACAUCACCAGCGGUAAUCUAACGUAUCGUAUACCUUCACCUUCACGACCAUCGUUAAAUGCAAAUAGUUUUCAAGAUCCCCGUGAAGGACAAACGAACGAAAAAGGAUUUUAUAUAUCUUUCGAUGAUGAUCAGCCGAAGCGACCAAAACCUCCAUUACGUGCGAAACGUUCGCCUAAAAAGGAUAAAAGUUUUGACAGUGUUGACCAUAAGUUAAUUACAAAACGUGAAUCGCUGAGUCAACUACAUAACAUAAACAAUGAAGAGCGUAACGGAGAGGCAACUUUAAAACGUCACAGCAUCUCGAGUCAAGUCAAUAAUAGUGGUGGAAUUUUCGAAAAUAAUAAUGCUACGUACAAUAAAUACACAGAUACACCAAUAAAUCUACAUCAGCUUAACAAAUCAGUAGAAAAUUCUAAUAACUACUCAAUGCCAGAUAGACGAAAUAAAGAUGAUAUGAAUGCACAAACGCCGUUACCUCAAAGAAGGACAUCACCACAACCGACAAGUCCGACAAGAAAUCUGCAACGUAGUGAAUCAAAAAAUAAAGCUCUUCUAAUCGGUACUGAUGUAACAGACUUAGAUCCUGACUCAGUAGAUGAAAUGGAACGCCGUAAAGAGAAAAUUAUGUUGCUCUCUUUACAACGACGCCAGCAACAAGAAGAAGCUAAAGCGCGAAAGGAAAUUGAAGCAGCACAAAAACGAGAAAGAGAACGAGAAAAGGAUGAAGUACGUGCGCGAAAGAAAGAAGAGCAAGUGGCUAGACGUGCAGCUAUAUUAGAACAACACCGAUUGAAAAAAGCUAUUGAAGAAGCUGAGCGAGAAGGUAAAACACUUGAUCGCUCUGAUCUAAAUAUAAAGCAACAGUCACAAAGUGCUUCAGCGCCAAGACUGAGACAACAGAGAGUUGUGCGACCGCGUCCUAAAACGAUACACGUUGAUGAUGGUUCAGUAGAUUUAAGCGAAGCUUCAAGUAUUUCUAGUCGUGGCAAAAAAGGUUCAAGCACCAACUUAACAGGUUAUGGUCAGUUAGGCAGUAAUUCCAUGAGGCGGGAUUAUUACAGAGGCUCACAAGAUUCCUUAACUGUUAAAGAAUCACCGGAUGAAUAUCUCAGCACAAGUUCAACGCCUAUCGGAAGAAAGGGAUCCUAUAAAACAUCAAGAGAGCCAACUGCUGAAAGAGGUCGCACUUUAUCACGUAUAUCAGUAGCUAAAGGAAGUACAUUAAAUUUCCGAGGCCGAAAAUCGAAUUCACUUAUGAAUUUGUGCGAUACAGAUUCUGGAUUGGGCAGAGCAACACCACCGAGGCGGGCACCAUCGCCUGGCAUGUUGUCUGGAAGACAUAUGCCAUCACCGUCUGGUCCCGGAUCAUUACCACCAGGUUUGAUAUCUAAACGUCGUAUUUUUGAUGAUGGAUCAAGUGAUAUAUCACCAACAAAUAAUUCAAUGAUGGAAUAUUCGGGUCCUAAAUUGUACAAACAACCAGCGGCCAAAUCGAAUAGAUCUAUAAUAUUAAAUGCAGUGGAGUACUGUGUUUUUCCGGGCGCAGUAAAUCGAGACGCAAAACAAAAAGUGCUUGAAAAAAUUGCAAGAUCGGAAGCAAAACACUUCCUUGUGCUCUUUCGUGAUGCCGGCUGUCAGUUUCGCGCCUUAUACAGUUAUGUCCCAGAAACAGAUCAAGUUAGUAAAUUAUAUGGUACCGGCCCAAGUCAAGUGGAUGAAGUUAUGUUUGAUAAAUUCUUUAAAUAUAACUCAGGUGGUAAAUGCUUCUCCCAAGUACAUACUAAGCACUUAACAGUUACCAUCGAUGCAUUUACAAUACAUAACUCACUUUGGCAAGGCAAAAAAGUUCAUUUGCCAAGUAAAAAGGAUAUGGCGUUAGUUAUUUAAGUUGUAUAGCAUAAAAAAAAUCGAAACAUUUAUAGUCAGGCUAAAAUAUUUUAUCCUAUAUAUCCAACGCAAACGUGGAUAUGUUAAAUAUUUAACCAAUUGGUUUUGCUUUAAAAUCCAUAGAUAAAACUUUUUUAUAACGAGACUUAACCUAAUAAUAAAAAAAGGAACAAAUUGAAUGAUCUGCUUAGCAAAUCUUUUGCAGGAUAAAUUUAAAUAAUAUAUUUAAAUAAUAAUAAUU